AUUUUGUAUAUAAAAGAAUCACUAUUUCAAAAAUCUCUUUUUUUUUUCUAUCCAUUUAUAUUUUUAUAAAUAUACACUAUCUUAUAUACCUACUAGUUUAAAUAAUGAUGUACAGCACCACUACUGACUUUAUUCAUCCUAUUGAAGAGGAAUCGCUCACAAUGAGUUUAAAUUUACUGCAGCCAAAAGGAUCACCUAUCCGACCACCUACGCCACUGACACCGACAAAUACAAAACUGUCCUCUUAUUCACUUUUUGACGACAAUGUGACAUCAAACAACAGUUGGGAUUGGCUUUCCAGCCCACUUUUCCGUAAACAUUCUAUCCAAGCAGACGGUCAUGAUUUUUCGAAUAUGCUUACUACAGCCACGAACAAUGAUGGCAACAGUAGGACAAACUUUUGGAGACGCGCAUCCGAACCCAAUACACCCAGUUUCACAUCUGUAUGCACGUCUUGUUUAAACAAACACACGCAAUUAUUUACUCCAUCAUGUGGACAGCACCAGUUUUGUAACUCUUGCUUGACUUCACAAUCACUUCAAUUAUUGAUGCAAGGUGUCUGCCCUACUUGUUCACAGACAGUCGCGAGUAAUUAUAAUAUAACAAGUAUGCACCUUGCCACCAAACCCACUAGUUCAAUUGCAGCCAACGACUACAUGUUUCAGUACACUUAUCCUACAUCGGAUUUCCGUCCUCAUUCAACCCAUUAUGCUUGUGUCAAAUUAUCCAAUAUCCCCUGGGAUGUAUCGCAAAAUGAUGUACGUCACUUUUUUGGUAACUGCAGAAGCCCCUCUUUAUCAGUUUGUACGCAGUCAAUUCAUAUAAUGAUGGAUCGCACUACAGGAAAAACAUUAUCGGAUGCCUAUGUAGAAUUUUUAACAGUGGCAGAUAUGCGACGUGCAAUUGAAACAAGAAACCAAAAGCCUUUAAAAGGUAGAAUUGUAUCUGUCAAUGAAUGUUCCCAAGAAGAGUUAUUGGCUGUCGUAUUUCCCAAAUGGAGAGGCCAAUUUCAUGGCACUUUAGCUAUCCCACCUGCUUCUGAAGUAGUUAGAGCCAUGUCGACUGCAGCAGGUGGUGGCAACUCUGGUUGUCCCCCUUUUAUCACACGGGAGGAAAUCAACUCUUUACUGGUCGUCUGUAAAAAUUACAAGCUUCAUUUCUCGAGAAAAUGUGCCGAAAGACCUUUUGAGAAUAUCAUCAGUGUGAUUGCAAAAUACCCUUGGCAUCAAUCCCAUUUGAUCACCACGAUGCAUCGAGACCAUAUCUAUGAAAUGUUAAAAUUAUCCAUCGAGUCAUUAAAGACACAUCUUUCAAAGGAUUAUGUACAGAUCGACACCACUUUACUCGAGCGCCUGACACGUGCUGGUAUCAUGUGCCCAGCUUUUACAGAAAGACAGAAAACAACAUUAUUACAAACAGCACGGAUUGACUGUCCUGCUGAUAUCGAAUCUUUUCUUAUUCCCGUAGCCACAGCAGCGGCUGUUACUGCUGCAGCUACCACCACCACUACUCCUACUACUACAUCUGUCGUGAACAGCGGUGGGAUUACCUUGACACCUUCUACACCACCCUGCGAAUAUGCAAAGGCGCCGUUGACCAUCAAUACAAAACAUUCUUUUCAUCCACAAGAUCACUAUGUUUGGGAUGAAGAAGACCUCAUGUUAUCACCUACAAACUCACCUAUCUCUUCCUUGAUUCGAGAUAUCCAACAAACUUGUUACUUUGAUGAGGACAGUCCACAAUUAAAGACACGGAGUAAAAGCGGAUUGAAAAAAGAGAUUGUGAAUAACGGAAUUCCGUUAUUGCUUCAACCGAUUGCAGAUCUAUCAUUACUUGAAAAGCAACAACAGCAACAGCAGCAACAACAUCAGCAGCAUUAUCAGCAGAAAUGUAAAGAUCGCAUGAAUAAACCAAUUCAGCAAUUAUCUCCUUGGGCACCUUCGUAUGCUCCCAAGACACCAUCUGAUAUUUGGAGAAUGUCAACUCCCAUUGAAUCUCCAUCCAAGAGUCUGUUAGCUGCAUAG